CAGGACGCAGCCCUCACGGUAACCGAAUCUAUAGUAGGAAAGAUGAAAAGCUUAGUGGAGGACGACGAAGGAUUUAAGAACGUCAAGUCUGCGACCACCAACAUUCUUGGAAGUCUGGGCAGCAUGAAUAGCGGCAGUUCAAAAGAUUCUGGAUCAUUGCCACAGAAUAAAACCGUCACUGCAGUAUGUACAUUUCUUUAUCCUAUGCAAAGUGGGACGUCUGUAUAACGGACACCACGGGGCUUCGGUGGUUCACCCUUGAGAUCGUGGGUUCGAUUCUCUCGUUAUUGUCACUCUAUGUCAGUUACGUGAAAAAAAUCUGUCAACGCUUUACCGAAAGUCGUGGGUUUUCUCCGGGUACUCUGAUUUUUUCCCCCAGGGAAUGUUGACAAGGUGGGUUGGGGGAGGCCUCUAAUUAACCUUCCAUCGUAGCUGUUCUCCGUGAUCAGACAUGAGUUGUAAGCAGGGGCGAAACUUGAGGGUGGGGUAUGGGGUGUGUGGCACCCCCCCCCCAAAAAAAAAAAGAAAACGAAUCAAGAUUUUAAAUGAUAGAAUGUAGAGUUAUUAAGUAACUUGUUACAGCUAGCAAACAAUAAGCAGUUCGUAUGCAUGUACAUUGACAUCGGUAGUUCAAUUAUACACGUAGCUUAGACUGCGUAGUGAUGUAUUGUAUUAGCGCUGGCGCUGCAUGCUGCAGGGCAUUAUUGGUUUUGGCAGGGCAAUUCUGCCUCGCGAUCCAACACAAUUUGCAGAUGGUAACAACUCCUUCUACUUGAAGCCACAUGAAAUGAUACCCUCCUAAUUAAAAGGGGCUACUUUCGCCCCUGGUUGUAAGGUGGCUGCCAAUGGCGCUCUUAGAAAGCCUUCGACGCGAUCCGAGGUUGAGUUGCCUCCUUCGCAAUUCAGCUUGGCUCUCAGCUGCAAGUAAAGCCUGGUCUAACAAGAAUGAGAGUUGAGAGGCGAGAGUUUGCAUGAAAGUUUUCUCAACUCUCAUACCCUGGCCAACUGAGAACAAGAGUUUCAUGAGAGCUGAUGAGAGUUGAGAAGCGAGAGUUUGCUUCAGAGUCGAUGAGUCGGUCAAACGAGAACAAGAGUUGCAUGAGAGUUGAUGAGAGUUGAGAAGCGAGAGUUUCCAUGAGAGUUUUCUCAACUCUCAUGUCCCGGUCAACUAAGAACAAGAGUUGCAUGAGAGUUGACUGGAUAUUACCGUAUGCGUAGCGAAAACUCUUAUUAACUCCCAUCAGUAAAAUUUGCACCAGGUCAAAGUCAAUCAGUGUUGGUGAGAGUGUAUGAGAGUCGAUGAAAGUUGCCGGUCAUCAAUUGUCAUUCUCGUUUCAUUGUGGCUUAAUAUGUUUAAGUGCACCCCUGCAUGUUUACUCGCUUUACUUACUCAUUUACGUCAUGUUACAUUGAAACUUCAUUACAUAGGGUAAUGUUCAACGUACUGUUGAUGUGGUGGGACAACUUCAAGGAAUCUUACUAGAUUAUUUGGUUACCAACGAAGGACCAAACAUCGUUAAGACGGAAACGCUUUCGAUCAGUGCCGAGAGAAUCUCUGCAAACACUUUCGGAGAGAAAGAAAGUACAUUAAAGAAAAGUCGCUUUAAACCGCCGUCUGCUGCUGCUUUUGGACUCGGGGAUGGUAAGUAGUAAAACAGGCAGAGUUCCCAAUAGAAGCCGACACCCGGCGAAUUUCGCCGCCUAUAACGUAGACAAUCGCCGUUGGUUUCCCAAAAUCAUUCCCACUUACCACAGAAAUUGAAAAGCUUCAUGCUUUGCAUGCAUUCAAAACAACUCUCCAAAAUUUCGGGAAACGCCAUUUCAAAGAGGCACACCAAGGGAUUAUGACCGACAGGCGACAUUCCUUAAAAAGAGGCGACAGACUUUCUAGAAAGGAUAGCAGCGCUCAGCUGCCGAAAGUCGCGGGUUUCCUCUGGGUGCUCCAGUUUCCUUCUACAGGGAAAGUUGACAUAGUGGGUUGGGAUAAACACAUUUACAGUUAGGAAAGUAAUACCACAAUUGUUGUAUAAGAUAAAAUAGUCUAGGCUAAGUUUUUGAUUAGGUAAGCGCAAUACGUGAUGUAAAGCGCUUUUGAUCAUAUAAAUUAUCGUUUGCUUUACUACAGUCUUUUGUGAUUUGAUAUGUGUGGAUGUGAUGUUGUGCAAUGUAUUGUGAUGUGAUGCAAUGUAAGCUGAUUACCUAUAACCAUGUUAUUUCUAAUUCAAUAUUUUUGUUUUAUUUUCAAUGAAGUUCUUUCCAAUCCCAACAAUUCAUUUCUUCAAAUGCAACCUAUUGAUGUCAAGGUAGGACGAACUAUUUUAACCACAUUAAGAGAGCGUAUCAAGCAAUCGAUUAUCGUUUAUGAUGUAUUUAACUAAAUAAUCAAUAAAUUACAAUUUUAGGUGGCAUUGUUUGACAAGAAUCCAUUCAGUUGGGACAACACCAGUCAAAGUGUCACAUCAAACGUGAUGGACAUUGUAGUUGAAUCACAAUCACUGAAUGUGUCGUCUUCGAACCUCACUGAAGAUAUUGACGUUACUAUACCUCGCGAUCCAACACAGUUUGCAGAUGGUAACAACUCUUUCUACUUGAAACCACAUGAAAUGAAUUCAACAAGCAGAACAAAGGAUUAUAUGAAAUUUCAUUGCUUCACCCGACGAAGUAACUACACCGCUAUGAAUUUCGAAAUCAAACCGGAAGAUCUGGGAAUACAUUUAAAUGUAAGUGAACUGAGCUCAAUAACCUUGUAGCAAGUUGUCAACAAGGCGUUGACAACUUGUUAACGAGCUGAGAAGAAAUCCUGUUGACAAGUUGUUGGAACAGUAUUGCUACAAGUCUGCUGCAGGUUUGUUACAACUGGUGCGUUUUUAUGUAUCUACCAGCAUGAUAUAAUCCUAACAUCAGGUGUCCAUGCAGAAAACACGAGGAUAGCGUGUAAUACUGUAUAUGCUAUAAUAAGAGUACCCUUUGUCGUUUAUUUCUAUCAGGUAUUUCUGAAGAAAAGUGGCAAGCCUGACGGAAAAACAGGAGAUUAUGAAUUCGCUUACAAACUUCCAGACGUCAGUACUUGUAAAGUCGGUAACGACAGCGUGCAUACCUCACAAUCGCAGUCAGGUUUUGACGAAACUGUCCAUAUUGACCCAAGCAAAUGCUCAAAAGAUCCAUAUACAGUGUUUGUGUCAAAUGUUGAUUUUAGUGGCACUGGGGAGUACUGUUUUGGUACGUUUUAUAGAAUAUUUCAUAGGUGAAGAUAUUUUAGCGAAAAGAUAUUCAAAGCCCUUAAAUUUUAGUUAUUAGCGUACUUCCCUUUACCUCAGAGUUAAGCCUGGUACUUUGCUGUCAGGUAACUUACAUGUACUUGAAAACUCGUGUAAUUGUAGGAAUUUUGUUGAUUUUCUACUCUGCUUCGAGGCUUAAGCUGGAGUUACACGAGCAACAAAAUUCCUGCAACUUGCAACAAAUCUGAUUUCAACGCAUGUUAAGUAGAAAUGUGGACACAUGUUGCUUGUGAUUUGUAAUUUAUGUGUAAACAUUUUCAAUUAACAUGCGUUGAAAUCAGAUUUUGUUGCAAGUUGCAGCAAUUUUGUUGCUCGUGUGAGUCCACCUUUAGUGUGUGUUUGUCCGUCAACAUGAUUACUAAAAAAUAUCAAACGUAUUAACUUAAGUAAAUUUGUGGGGCUAAUGGACUUUGGCCAAGGACGAGAAGUUUGUCUUGCUUUGCCAGGCAGAGUAUACUCAAUGCGUAAUGUCGGGAUGUUAUUCAUGAUACAUAACUUAAUUCCCUGUCGGAGGUAUACAGUCUCCAAGUGACCUCUAGUCAGAUAUACACUCAACGUAGGGACGUAGGGUGAGAUAUCGAUAUUUUUGUUUCCACUUCAGGCGUACAACAUACCGAACUGUUUCACAAUGAUACCUACCCAGAUCCCGAGUCGACCUUCAGUUCUCGAAACCGACGUUCAGUCUCCUGUGAAGUGGGUGCAAGACGCGUUCGUCGUUCUUGUGUCAUCAUACCCCCUGCUCCACCCAAACCUACCGACUCCCCCGGUAAGAUGAAUAUCUUGGUUGCAGACAAUCUUGGUUUUGAUGGCAAGUUCUUUUACCCCAACCAAACUCCGAACUACAACCUGACGAUGUUUGAAUCCAGUUGUAUCUUCUGGGAUGUUGUGAAUGAAACGUGGAAAGGAGAAGGCUGCAGGGUGAGUAUGAAACGCUCAAAAAGAUUUUUAGUCUGCGACAGAGUGUAUGAAUUGGUAUAACAAUGCUGCCAUCGCGAUGCCAGGAAAUUUUAACAAAAUAUCUUCGCAACAAAUUUUCUUACAUCUUGCAGAAAAUGUUUGUCAUCUUGUAUGCUGGAAUUCCAUAUAAUUUACUUAUUGUUUACAAAAGAGUUUUGCAAGUCGAGAUUGUCUUGUGCGAGAUUGAAGCGUAUCACACUGUGCUGCACCAUACCUUCUCUGAAAUCUACUUGUAGAGGACGAUUCUAUAUUUGACUUACAGUGUACACAGGAAAUUUUAGUUUUGGAUUUUGUCGCCAGGAAGAAAAAUAUAUUUUCUAGGCCUGAUUCGAUUCCUGCGAAAUGCAGUUUUCGUACAGUAUUUCUCCAGUUUGCCUCUCUUAAACGCCAAGAGUUGACCAUUACUACACCAAGGGUUGACCUCUGCAAAGAACAACUUAGAACUAUUAGAGUUAUCCAGUACAAAUUUCUAAAUUGUGGUUCUUUUUUAAAAGGUUGCUCUGGGCACCAACAGGGAAAAAAUCCUCUGUCUUUGCAAUCAUUUGACGUCGUUUGGAAGCGAUCUUCUUGUUGCUCCAAACCCAAUUGACUUCGACUCAGUUUUCAGCAAUUUUGGUAGUCUUGCUGAGAACGUCGCUGUACUGGCUUUGAUAUCAACCAUUCUUGGGGUGUACAUCGUUGGAGUCAUCUGGGCAAGGCGAGCGGAUAAGAGAGACUUAUUAAUGGUAAGUAUGUUGGCCUCAAUUUGCCUUGCAUGUAUUGCUUGAGCAAGUACUGUACCUUGACUUUCCUUUCCUGUCUUGCUUUACUUUACUAUGUCUUACUAUCCGUUACCAUACCUUGCGAAACCAUGCCAUGCCAAAUACCAUACCUUUUACCGUAUCAAAAUAUACCAUUCCAUAUACCUUCAUUUACCUUACCAUACCGUAUUACACCUUACCAUACCAUAGUUUAAAAUACCAUACUAAACUGCUAUAUUGUACCAUAUCUUGCCAUACCAUACGAAACAUACCAUGUCAUGUCAUACAUUAUCAUACUACACAUUCCACGCCAAACAUGCCAUACCGUACCAUAUAUCAUGCCAUAUCAUACCGUACCGUACAUACAACGUAUCACACUAUACCGCGUCGUACCUUAUCAUGUCAUACCAUACCUUAAUAUAUCAUACCAUUCCAAGUAUACCAUUCCAUAUCAUACCCUACGCAUACCAUACCAUACCACUGUAUCCCACCAUGCCAUUUCGACCAUACCUUACCCACACCCUUCAUUACUCUUGCUAAUUGUCUGGUUUAUUAACUUCUUACAGAUUGGUCCAACGGUCAUUCAAAAAGGGAAAGGAAACUAUUGCUACCUUAUUACAACCGCCACUGGCAGCCGACAAGGCGCAGGAACCACAGCGAGGGUUGUGUUUACUAUGUCUGGUGAUAAGGGUGGGACACUACCAGUGCGGUUGCAUGAUCGAGAAAGACCAUGUUUUGAAAGAGGCCAAACUAAUUCCUUUGUCAUUGCAUAUCCUCACGGAGUUGGCGAUUUGAGCUAUGUCCAAAUAUGGCAUGAUAAUUCAGGUAGUAGAGCCCAAACUAUUUUCGAAUCGGCCUGCAUUGAUGAAUCAUAAAACAAAUCCACUCUUAUCACCAGCUGGAUUCCCGGACAAUACCAGAGGAUGUUGUCCAGAAGACUACCGUAGCUCCCUUAGUGGUCGUGCACCCUGCCUGAACUGGAGAUCAUUAAAAACGUUUGAUGUCACGAAAAUACCUAACAAAACAAAUUCGAUUUUUCACCUGCGCUUAUUUUACACCGAUGUCAUUUAAACGGUACUUAAAUUGCGCUCUUAUUUUAUAGGUUCAUCGCCGUCUUGGUAUCUCAGCCGAUUUACUGUGAAAGAUCUUCAAACAGGUACAACAUGGAAACUAGUUUGUGAGAACUGGUUGGCUGUGGAAUCUGAAGAUGGAAAAGUAUGUCGACUUCUACCUGUGGCCAACGAACAGGAAUUGACAAACUUUAAUCACGUUUUCUCGAAAAAAGCCCUAACAGGUCUGGCAGAUGGCCAUAUAUGGUUCUCCAUUGUUUCCAGACCUCCAACCAGUAACUUCACGCGCGUCCAACGUCUCUCGUGCGCUCUUUGUCUGCUAUGUUGCACCAUGAUCACCAGCGCGAUGUUUUACAACAUGGGAGGCCAGGGUCCGAGUCCUUUCGCGGUUCACAUUGGGUCGCUGGUUAUUGACUUAAAACCGUUUGUGAUUGGCUUACAGAGCAGUGUUAUUAUUGUCCCGGUAAAUGUAUUGAUUGUGCAAAUUUUCCGAAAUCUCCGACCAAAGAAAGAAAAGCCGCAGAGAACCUCUGUUUACGAGGUAGAAAAAGACCAGCAUGGCAGAGAAAAGGAUGAAGAUUUGGCGAGAAAAGAGGAAGACAUCGUCCAUGGUGUUCAAAUUGAAAACCAGAAUCCACCCAAAGGCAAACUUCCGCAUUGUUUUAUCUAUCCAGCCUACGCGAUCUGUUACCUCGCCUCAGCUGCAUCGAUAUUCUUCACUUUACUCUACAGCAUUCAGUGGGGGAAGGAAACCUCUACUGAAUGGGUGAUUGCCAUGGUAACAUCAUUCUUCCAAUCAGUAUUGCUCCUGCAGCCAAUCAAAGUUGUUCUUGCGGCUGUCGUGUUUGCGCUGUGUGUCAAGUCCGCCAGCGACAGCGAGGAGGAGCGAUAUGACGAGGGACUGGUGAUUAGAAAGCCUGAUCAAGAGAAACAGGUUGCUGCGAAUAACUUGGCUGAGCUGGAGAGAAAGAUGCAAGCCAUUGGUAAACCCCCCGGAAAACUAAAACGAUAUUACAGGUAAUUCAUACUUGGAGAUAUUGUAUACUGUAUUUGAAUCAGUCUGUUAGAAAGGUAUACAUCAGCUUUAUAGCUUUUAGGACGAUAUCAUCAAUGUCGCUCGUUCGCUGCACUCACUUAUGGCAUUGAUAUCGUCCCUCAAGCGAUGAAACUGAUAUCAACUCACCCCUCUUAUGACAGCCUAUACUUAAAUGAUAGUAGUUCUCUCAAAUAUUUGAUCUUCAUUUAUUUUUCCAGUCCUCCAGAUCCCGCCAGAUUACGAAAAGCAAGAGAAAAACGUCUGAAAGAGCUUAAGAUGAACGCAGCUUUGAAAGAAAUUUUCGCUUUUUUUGUUUUCCUUAUUCUACUCAUGGAUGUAGCCCAAUAUCACAGGCACCCAGACACAUUUUUACUUACAAAGACUUUGUAUGAGACUUUCGAAGAAGUAGACGGCUAUGGAAUUGACUUAGCUGCUGUAAGUGAAUUGGUCGCCAACACAGGAAAGACUGUAAAUACUAGCCGCCAUAUAGUAACACAACAUGUUCACUUUACUUUUGUUUUUGUCCAAGCAAAGGAUGCAGCGAAUUUGGUUGUCUACUGAAUCCAUAUUCAGAUAAAUAUCUCCACCCUUUGUUCAGCGCUGCAAUCUCACUCGGUAUAUGAAGCUAAAAGAACAUGUUGUUUCUGACUCGUUUCUUAGAAAAUUGAUUCUAUUAUUAUUGCAUUUCACUGUUGUAAUGAACACAUAUUAGAAUUGUUUCGCAUGGGUUCGUAACGGUACUGUACCUUCACAUUUAAGAUAACUUUUUCAGAUAGUCCAGACACAAACCACGGCAGCUUUAUUGUAGACAGCCUACAAUGGGUCACCACGUUUGAACUAUUUUUUCGGGUAGUUCACACGCAACUCACGGUGGCUCAUUGUAGAGUACUAUUUGCACUAGAGCCACCUUAAGUUAUAUAACUCAACAAUGCUUACUUAAUUUCUAAUCUAUAUAAUAUUUACCCACAUUGUUGUUUACAGAUCUCAGACGGAGAUUCCUUAUGGAUGUGGUCACGUGAAACACUCGUCCCAGGCCUCUACGGAAAUGAGUGGUACAAUGGCAAGAAGAUAGAGAAAGGUUGGCUCGCGAAUAUCGAGGACUAUCUCGUGGGUGUCCCGCGUGUUAGAUUAGUUCGCGUGGAGGAAGGUAAAUAUAAAACCAGAGCCACAUGGUCGAACUAGCUGGAAACCAAUGUUACCAGCUAUUGUUCACGAAAGUGAAUUUUCACAGGGAAAAAAGCUGAGGAGAGCUGAUUUGCAAUUCAUCUAAAAACGACAUUGUAAUGUAGACACCAAUUCAAUUUGGGUUCAAUUCACUAUGAUUCAAGAUGGCAUCUAGCAAAUAGAAACUUGCUAUGACGUCUGCCUGUCUUGUUUUUGGUAAAUAUAUACAAGAAAAGACGAAGGCAUAGGAGGGCGCGGGGCGAAAGCUGUUUACACUUGGGCCGUAACGUUUCGUGAACGAAGCCAAAACCGAUCGGAUACAAUGUAAAUAUAGUUUCAGUCACAUUUUAGUGUUUUCUCAGCGCUAACCUAAUGGCUUAAUUCCUUCAAUUUUAGAUUCGUGUCCAGUCUCCAGCUACUUCAAGGACAUCAUUCCACAUUGCUACAGUGGUUACUCUGUGACCAGCGAAGAUGAUGACAACUAUGGGGUAGGCUGGGAACCAUUGACCAGUGGGACUUCUCGAAAACGUCGCGAUAUCGCAGGGCCAGAGACCGAGACUGAGUGGACGAAACUUUUGGCCAGCGGUAGCGAGAUGGAACAUAGCCGUGUGGAGAUUAGACACAAAAGGGGAUUGGAUCCGAUUAUGGGUGGAGCUAGCGGGAAGAAUCGUCGAAAAAAGAAGCGGUUACUGGCUAGUUCUAAACCUAAGGAAUAUAGAGUGAACGACAAUGCAUUGUUACCGGAUGGUAGAGUCCUGUCUUGUCUUGAGAGAUGGGAUCAUCAAAGCAUGAUAGACCUACGGGGAUUCCCCUACUGGGGUACAAUCACCAUGUACAGUGGCAGUGGUUAUGUUGCAAACCUUGGCUACGACCAAGUGACGGCUUACACUGUCGUUGCGGACUUGCAUUCGAAUGGUUGGCUCGACGUUCAAACACGUGCUGUGUUUGUGGAAUUCACCGUGUACAAUGCGAAUACGAACCUAUUUGGUAUUCUUUCAUAUUUCAUAGAAUUUUCACCGUCAUCAAUAGUUGUUACUACUGCCCAAUAUCAAGUCGCAAGAUUCUACCUCCAUCUUACUGGCGGGCAAACACUGGCUCACGUCCUGGUCAUAUUCUUCAUGAUGUAUUUCCUGUAUAGAGAGGGAAAACUUGUCUAUAAACAACGCUGCGCUUACUUCAAAGGUUUCUGGAAUUGGAUUGAAGUUAUCCUCGUUGUCUGCGAGUUUCUGCUGAUCGUUCUCUUCCUUGCGCGUCUGUUCGAAGUUGAUAGAAAUCUUCUUCAGUUACGAGAAAAUCCAAAUGAUUACGUUGGUUUCCAGUACGCUGGAAACGCGGAUGCGCUGAUGACCUACAUUCUUGGUGUCUUAGUGUUCUUCUAUAUUUUACGUUUCUUACGCCUGUUGAGAUUCAAUAAAAACUUCCUUGUUAUUGGCAAAACAUUCCAGAGGAUAACUGCACCAAUUCUGAGCUUCUGUCUACCUUUUAUCGCCGGAUUUUUUGCAUUUGCCCUGCUUGCAUUCGCUGUAUUUGGCUCAGAACUCGAAGACUACAGCUCAUUUAUAAGGACGAUGGUGACUCAAUUUAGUAUGACUUUAGGAGACUUUGAUUUCGAGGCCAUAUUUAUGGUCAACCCCACCGUUGCAACCCUCUAUUUCUUUUCGUUCAUUGGAUUAAACGUGAUGGUCUUGAUGAACAUGUUCAUAGCCAUCAUCAACGAUUCGUUUGCCGAAGUACAAGAGGAAACCGCCGAUAUUCAGAACGAACUAGAGAUCGUUGAUUAUGUUGCAGCGAGGAUUACGCGCGGUUUUAAGGAAACAUUUCAUCGCGGUAAAGUCGCGCCUGUGAAAAAAAAGAGAUCAAAGAAACACAAGCGAAAGUCAAAGAAGCAAUUACCUCCCUACGAACAGACAUACACAGAUUUGGAUUUACGCGUGGGGAAAUUGGAGCUUUUUGUGGAUAUUAUUGACAGAAGUAUGGAAGUAGAUGAAAUAGAGGAGAAAAGAUUUUGUUCAGUGCCAAAAGACAAGCAACAAGAUUUGUUUUUCCGUACUUUGUGUUUAAUGGAAAGCGCUCUUGAUGGUAAUGAAGAGAAACUUAGUGAUUCUAAGACAAAUUAAAAUGAAGCGGAGAUGACAAAUACUCAUUAGUGCUGCUAGAAGCAGACGAGUUUUAGUAGUUUUCGUACGACUCGCGAGAAAAUAGUCUCGCUUGUUUUCGGGCUAUGUAAACCUGAAAUAAGUCAGACCGAAAUGGUUUCGUUUUGGUCUUAGAUUUAGAUUUUAAGGGGCUGUUGAUAUAUGGAGCCGGGCUAUAGCCCUGUUAACCGGGAUCUUCCUCGUCCCCAGUCGCUUUCGAAGGGGGGAGAGGAAAACGAGAAAAAAUACUUUCGCUUCUCAUAUUUCAAUAUCCCAUCAUGCAUUGCCCGGCAAUGAUAUCACAGCCACUGAUCUAUAUAGAUUGCAAUAGCACUGCACUGUGUCCAACGAAGGGCCUGCGGAGGAGGCAACCAGGAUGAUUCGUUUAAGGUUACAGGACAC